AGAAACUCAUUAAUUUGCAUAGUGUGAUGGUGGUUCAUCAACAUAAAAUGGACAGUGUGGGUCUGAAAUGAGCAUUUUCUGCCUCUGCUCAUCAACCUUGGUUAUAUAAAUAAAGCCUCGCACAGCAUCCUUUGCAAGAAUCAGAAGCACAGGAGAUAUGUUUUCUCCUGGGGACAUUGCUUUUUUGGUAAUUGCAGCUGUCUUGAACAUCAGCGGGUUCAUCUCUAAUGGCUUUAUUGUUACCGUGAUGAUCACUGCAUGGACUAAAUGCAGGAGACUUGCAUCCAAUGAACAGCUCUUUCUAAGCCUAGGCCUGUCCAAUGUGUGUGUGACAAUUGUCUUUAGUAUGUACUGCUUCAGUUUUACAACUUUAUCCAAUUACAAUGUAAACAUUUUCCAGACAUGGUUCUCCUUUUUUUCCUCUGUUGUGAUAUUCAGAUAUUGGCUCACUGUCUUGCUAUGUUUCUUCUACUGCAUCAAGAUUGUGAACAGUACCCACACUUUCUCCCUUUGGUGCAAACUGAGGAUAUCAUGGCUGAUACCCCGACUUCUGAUGGGAUCUAUUAUUAUCUCCUUGUUUGUUUUAAUUAUGGCUUUAAGUUUUAUGUAUAUAUUAUCACCACCGGCCAAUGCUACAACUGUGAUCCAAGGGAUGUCACAUAAUGAAAGUGUCAACAUUUUAAUUUUGUUCUUUUUAACUGUUGGAUCUGGUUGUCCCUUCCUUUUGGUUUUAUUGUGUUCCAUUUUAGUUGUUGCCUCACUCUGUCGACAUGUCUGUCAAAUGACAGGUAAAGAAUCCCAUCUCAGGAGUUUUCAGACAAAAGCUCAUAUCCAGGCAGCUCGGACAGUGCUCUCUCUGCUAUUGCUUUUUCUUUCAUUUUAUGUGGCACAGACUUUGUCUAUGACCUUAUUGAAGAGCCAAUUAUUUCUUCCAGGAGUGAUGAUGGUAUACUCUCCCGCUCAGGCUGUCAUUCUGGUGUUGAAUAACCCCAAAUUAAAGCAGGCCUUAGCCGUGAUGGUUCAAAGAACAGUCUUAAUAUGUGAGGAGAAAAAUUGAUGCAGCAUUUCCCCUUCUUUUAUGGUUCAUUUUAUGAGGCAAAGAUUAGGACUUGGACAAUGGAUAUAAGCAAAGAUGAAGCUUUCUUUGUUUAUACAGUGAUUUGAAUUGCCAACCUUUCAGUCAGCAAUUUCAGCAGCUAUUUAACUUUCUCUUUUUAAAUCAAGGUUGCCAGAGAAAUGUAGGGUAGACAAUUUGCUGCUCA